AUGGCCGAAGACGCCGCCGCCGCCGCCGCUGCUGCUGCUGGCCGCAUGCUCGACGACGGCGCCAUGGUCUGGGUCCCGCACGACCAGCACGUGUGGAAAAAGGCCGUCGUCGUGCGGCGCCUCGACGACGGCGCGCGCGCGCUCGUGCGGCUCCAGGCGCAGGACGAUAGCGCCUACGACCCCGACGACGGCGUCGAGCACGUCGUGACGAUCCGCGCGAUCGCGCGCUUGGCCGGCGAAGUCGCCGACGACGCAAUGCCCAUCUGCAACGUGUUUGAAGCCGACGGCGCGUGCGACAUGUGCACGCUCAACCACCUGCACGAACCCGCGGUGCUGAAGAACUUGGAGCUGCGGUUUGCCAAGAAACUGCCGUACACGUACACGGGCGCGAUCUGCAUCGCCGUGAACCCGUACCAGUGGCUCGACCUCUACGGCCGCGAGCUCUACGCGCCGUACCUCGAGCAGCCGCGCGAGAGUCUGCCGCCGCACCCGUUCGCGCUCUCGGCCACGGCCUACACGGACAUGAAGCGCACGCAGGUGGACCAGAGCAUCCUCGUGAGCGGCGAGUCGGGCGCGGGCAAGACCGAGACGGUCAAGAUCAUGAUGAACUUCCUGGCGUCCAUCUCGGGCGGCGGCCACCACGGCACGACGGUGAUUGACCAAGUGCUGCAGUCAAACCCGCUGCUCGAGUCGUUUGGCAACGCCAAGACCAAGCGCAACGACAACUCGAGUCGCUUUGGCAAGUUUGCCCAGCUCCAGUUUGACACAAUGGGGUCGCUCGUGGGCUGUCUCUGCGAGACGUACUUGCUCGAAAAGAGCCGCGUCGUGGGCCAGACCGAAGGCGAGCGCAACUACCACGUGUUUUACCAGAUCUUUUGCUUGUCGGACGCGCGGAAACAAGAGCUCAGGCUCCACGGCGACGUCACGAGCUACAAGUACGUGGCCGAAGGGGCCAGUGCGCAGCUCACGGGCAUUGACGAUGUCCAGUGCUUGAAAGAGACGCAGGACGCGCUGGACACUAUUGGCAUCUCGACGGACGAACAGAAUGCGAUUUUUGAGAUUGUUGCCGCGAUUUUGAACCUCGGCGAAGUCGAGUUUGCGCCGAACGCAAACGACAGUGAAAAGAGCCACGUGAGCAACGAGGACAUUGUCGACAAUGUCGGUGCGCUCCUCGGGACCAAGAGCGCCGCGCUCCACUCGACGUUGCUCGAGCGAUCGAUUACCGCUGGUUCCGAGUCGUACACGAUUCCGCUGAACGCUGAACAGGCGUCGGACCUGCGCGACGCGCUGGCAAAGGGCAUGUACACACAGCUCUUCGACUGGCUCGUGCACCGCAUUAACAAGGCCAUUUGCUCGACGAACAAUGUCAAGACGCACAUUGGUCUGUUGGACAUCUUUGGUUUCGAGAGCUUUGACCAGAACGGGUUCGAGCAGCUGUGCAUCAAUUACGCCAACGAGAAGCUGCAGCAGAAGUUCAACAGUGACGUAUUUAAGGAUGUGCAGCAAGAGUACGUGGACGAAGGCAUUCCAUUGACGUUGGUGACGUUUGAAGACAAUCAGCCGAUCUUAGACCUGAUUGAAGGCCGAAUGGGCAUCGUCAGUAUGCUGAAUGAGGAAGUGCUCCGCCCGCAGGCCACAGACAGCACUCUUGUGAGUAAAGUGCUCGACGCUUGUAGCGACCACCCGAGCAUUGAGAAGAACCGCAUCAAUCCACUGGAGUUCAUCAUCCACCAUUAUGCUGGAGACGUGACGUACAACGGUGCGGGCUUUCUCGAGAAGAACAAAGACACACUGCCUACGGAUAUGGUGCAGCUGUUAUCGGGCAGCCACAACGAUGUCAUUUCAGGUAUCUUUACACCCACGAAGACGGGCAAGCGCAACAGCCGUGGCAAGAACGGCAAAGAGGGUCGUCAGAAGGGUUUUCUAGUAGGCAACACGAUUGCUGGUGCGUUCCGCAAACAGCUGUCGGAGCUGAUGUUGACCAUCAACAAGACCUCCUCGCAGUACGUGCGCUGUAUCAAGCCGAACGCGAACAAGAGUGCAACCGAGUUCGACCGCCUUAUGAUUGUGGAGCAACUCCGCUGUGCAGGUGUGAUUGCUGCGAUUCGCAUCAGCCGUGCUGCGUUUCCGAAUCGUCUACCACUGGUCGAGUUCCAGCAGCGUUUCCAGAUCAUCUGCCCAUCAGCACUGCGUGACGCGGAACCCUCGGAGAUGGUUGCCGGUCUGCUGAAGGAGUUGGUUCCCGACAUUGCUACUAGCAUGCAAAACACCAAAUUUGCCGUGGGCUCGUCGAAGGUCUACUUCAGCUCGGGUCUGUUGCAGCGAUUGGAGGACCGUCGCAACGUGAUCCUCAAAGACCACGCGAUUCUAGUUCAGAAAGUAUUGCAUGGCUUCGUGUACCGCAAGCGCUUCUUGCGUCAGCGUACUGCUGCAAUGAAGAUCCAAGCCAGGACGCGCGGCAGCUUCCAGGCGAGACGCUACCGUACUCUGCGCGCCGGUAUGAUCAAGCUGCAGUCUCUUGAGCGCGGCCGGAAGCAGCGCUACCUGUUCGGACUUCUCAUCGAUCGUGUCCGAAAGGAGCGCGAGCUGGAUCGGGAACGUCUUCGCAAUAUUGCCCGACAGGAGGCGGCGGAGCGCAUUCUACAGAAAGACAUCGAAGAGCGCAUACUUCAGAAGGAGAUGGAGGAACGUGAUCACAGCGAUCCCCAACCGGAGCCAGUGGAAGAUGAUUGGAGUGAUGAAAGCGACAAAGAGGAGGAGGACGUAGAGGAAAUAUCAGCCGGUCCUGUGUCACCGCACACGCUUCGUGCCCUCACGGAAGCGGCUUCGAAGGUUGCUGAGGCGGAAUCUGCAGCGCGCGACGCGAAAUCGGCCGCUGAGUCUGCUCUAGAGUUGAACCGUGAGCUGGUCGCACAGAACGACCGCUUGCGCUCGACGUUGUCGUCGAAUGUGGCGGAAUACGCCGAUGCAGAGUUGCUGCGUGAGAACGAGCGCCUCAAGCAGCAGGUGCUGCAGCUCCAGACAAAGCUCGUGCGGUCACAAGAGGUCUCUCUCAUUUCGGCCAAGGUGGUAGACAGCCGAAUCACAUACCGCGAAGGUCGCCAGUUUGUCGAGUACAAGCUGCAAAUUGAGACGAACACGCGUGGUACGCUGUAUGUGUGGCACCGGUACAGCACGUUCCGCAACCUGGCUGCUACUCUCCAGACGAAGAAUGGAUACAAACGCAAGGAGAUUCCAGAGCUGCCAAACAAGCAGCUGUUUGGCAACUUUUCCGAAAAGAUCAUCCAGGACCGUGUGGCGAAGCUGAACCAGUUCCUUGAAGCUGCCACCAAUGCCGAAUAUCUUCAGUGGGGUAUUCGUGUGGAUCAGGACACGUGCGUGUACAAGCGCCGUGUGAAGAGCACCUCGCGGGAAAGCAUAUCGACCGCCAGUAUGCAGUCGUCGUCACCGCGUUCGUCAUCACGGUUGUCGAUGAAGUCAUUCAGCUUCCGUCGCGGCAGCACUGCUGGCAACUAA